UCAGCCAGCACUGUACGUACAAUGCCACUGGCACAUCUACUGCUACAGUGAUUUUCUGUUUUGUGUUCGAUUGAUAAUAAUUUAGAAUUUAGAUUUAAUUUUAACGCCGCCGUUUAUCUAGCCCUUAAAAUUUUAUUUUAUUAAAACAAUGAAAAAUCAUUAGUGUAAAUCUGCCUGACAAAUAAAUCUUCAAAGUUUCUUAAAUACAUAACUUUCUUUUAUAAAAUAAACCAACUCCAAAAUCCCACCAAGCCAAACUACAAACAAAAACCAUUAAAAAUUCAGUCAUUUAAAUAGUAACACGAUACCAACCUACCUACCUAACAUCUCCACACUCCACCAUGGAACCAUCGGCAUGCGAAGGUAAUCAAAACUUAAAGGCAUUUGAACGUCGUCUUACCGAGGUCGUUUCUUCAUAUCGACCCUCGACAUUACGAUGGAGAAUUGUUUUAGCUGUAAUAUCGAUGUGCACAGCCAUUGGAGCUUGGUAUUGGCUGCGUGACCCAAAGACUUCAGUUGUUCCACUCACGGAAUCGCUUCUCAUACAUCCAGUAUUUUCUUUUGCAACUUUAACUCUAAUUCUGCUGUUUCUCUUUGGGAUUCAUAAGCUUGUGAUAGCUCCGCAAAUAAUAACCUCUCGCAUGCGACUUGUGCUGGGAGAUUUCAAUAUGAGUUGUGAUGAUACUGGAAAGUUGAUUCUGAAACCAAGACCCAAUAACAACUGAGACACAGAGAAAAAGCCACGCCGGCGAACUAGUCUUUAGGGAAAUUGAAUUUUUGGAGGACAAAUGGAUUUUUUUAAACAAGAACAGACUAUGAUCGAUAUACAUACAUAUAUAUUUUGUUGAAUUAGAAUUGGCAGGAGUGCCAAGGAAAUAGGUCAAAUAUAAGAACAACUUGUAAAUACAAAAAUUAAUAUUUAUUUUGCAGUCUUAUUACCAUUUAUUUUGUUGUCACUCUACAUCUUAACCUAAAAAAUAAAAACAAAGAAAAACAAAACAUAAUCCAAGGUUUUCUCCGAAAAUUUGUUGUUAGAUUUGUGAAAAUAAAUUAAAAUAUAGUUAAUAAAAAAAAA